AUGCGCGAGAUGAUGGUUUUCGAUCGAGACGUCGUGCGAGCGCACCGAGAUCGAGCGGCGUUCUUACAGGGUGAGGCGGUGAAGAGUGCUCCGGGACGGGUGCCGGAUGUGUUGUUGGACGAGCUCGCGCGGCGUUUGCUCGAUCGGUUGCGAGACAUCAAAAGGAGAUUCAAGCGAGUGAUCGUCUUGGGUGGGGCGAGCGAAGCGAUCAUGAGAAGGUUACUAGGAGAGAGGGACGACGUGGGCGGGCACUUAUGGUUUCAGUUGAACGUCCGUGAAGUCACUCAGCGUGCAUCCGUGCACGUGGUUCAAUAUACUGUGAGCGCUGAAGUACGCGUGUCUAACUGCAUCGAAGACGCGUUCGUCGGUUUCCGAAGUGCAGUCAACGAGCCAAGCAGCGAGCAUCGCGUCGCCGAGGAAGGCGACUACCAUACCAUCGUACGCGCUCACGAUAUUAGCAAGUCUCGUGAAGUAUUCAGCGAGCACAGUUCGCAAGAGCCUACCGUGAGACGCAGAGGCCUCAGCGAGCCGGCGGCACCCGUGGAUCUCCUGACGAAUAUGCUUCAAGGGUGCGCGAUCGAGCUCGUGGCAUCGAUUUUCACACGUACACAUCUUCACAAAGUCAUUCAUGUCUACUAA